AACUAGGAAUUAAUUAUGGUGGAUAAGCAGAGAGCUUGGGGGAAUUGGUGGGAUGGCAAAGAAGUUGCUUCAAGGCUUUUGGAGGAUCUAGAUGGUUGCCUUGUUAUUCAAGAGUUGAAGAUGCUUAACACAAUCAAGAUUGAAUCAUUCCGUGAAUCCGCACUUAUAAUGCUUUUUAUGAAAAUGCUGCUCUCGAAAUCCCCUGCGCUAGAGAGAGUUGUUAUUCUGAAGCCUUGGGAUAUGAAUGACUCUGAGGUGAGCAAAAUCCUAAGGAAUUUGGAAUGCUUCCCUCGUGCAUCUCCAAAUGCACAAAUUGUCUGCACGGGUAAUUACUGUGCGAAUUACUAUGAUCGUGAGGAUUAUUUGGAUUUAUACCCAUGGUUUUAGCCUUUUAGGAACCUAGUAUGGUGUGGUGAAUCUCCAUGGGGGUUUAAUUUCGGUGCAACUUAGAAAUGUAAGCAAUGGUUG